UUUCCUGUUUUCUUCAAAUGAACCUAAGAUUUUAUUCUACUAUAUAAACUCUCCCAAGAAUUCAAUAAACAUUCAGUAAACUUCCCAAAUUAACCCAAGAAUUCCAGAUCGACAAUCAAAAUCAUGUCUUUGAAGUCAGCCCUCAUCUUCCCAAGAUUUCUGUCAAAUUGUUGCUUGCAUUAUCACCUAAUUCGAUGCUUUUCGGCUUAUCCUAGAUUUGAUUUUAGCCGUAUAGUUGAGCCUGAUGAUGCCAUCGAUGAGUUCCGAAAUAUGUUAAGAAUGCAUCCGCUUCCUUCUGUUAUUGAUUUCACCAAGUUGUUGAGUUCUGUGGUCAAGAUGCAACAGUUCACACUUGCCCUUCACAUGUUCGACAAAAUGCUUCAGAGGAAUGCUCCUGUAGAUCACUACACCUUGAGUGUUACAAGCUACAGUAGUUUGAUGGACGGGUACUGUAAAAUGGGACGAAUUGAUGAAGUUUGUCUGUCUUUUUCCAUGAUUCGCGCCAAUGGGUUAGAGCGUGAUGUGGUUUCUUAUAGCAUAAUGCUGGAGGCUAUAUUUGGUGAUGGUCGAUGUGAAGAGGGAUUGAAGUUGUUCAAAGAGAUGGAAGCUCUACAGGUUUAUCUAGAUACAGCAACUUAUGGAAUCUUGUUACAUGGUCUGUGCAAUGCCCGUCGUAUUGAUGAAGCAUUAUCCAUGUUAUAUACCAUGGAAAACAAAGGUUGCUUGCCUGAUGUUGUGAUAUAUACAAUUCUUAUUUCUGCCCUUUGUGAAGAAGGGCGGAUAGGAGAGGCUAAAAAUUUGAUGGUGCAAAUGGUGAUCAAGGGGUGCUUGCCCGAUAGUGUGACUUACAAUAUUUAUGUUCAAGCUCUUCUCAAAAGGAACAAGAUGGACGAUGUGAUUCUUGUUUUGAAAGAGAUGACUGCAAGAGGGGGAUGCACGCUUGGCGCUACCACUUUUACGAUGCUGAUUGAACCUCUACGAAGGGAAGGCAAAGAUAGUGUUUUGUUUGAUUUGGUUAAGAAACUAUUACCAAAGAAGUUAUAGGCUAAUCUAGUUGGAUGUUAUGUUGUGGUACUAAUUAGUAGUAUUUUAACAGAUAGUUUGGAGUGUAAAAGUUCUUAUUUGGUUGUUAAAAUAUAAGAACACGAGAAACUAAGGAAAAUAAUUCAGGAUGACAAGAGACCAUACAUAGAGACAACUAAUGCUUAUUUAUCACAAAUCGAGCUUAACUGUAAGGCACACAUUAAACAGGAUAUUAGUAUGUAAAUACAGAUAGAGGCUGCCAACAUUUCCUCAAAGUUUGUGAUUUUGAGGUUCAGUUUUUGCUAUUACAUUUGGCUAGUUCAGUGAUCUCUGAUGUGAAAAUAUUUGGGUCGAAUUGAUGAUUACUAUUGUUAUUAUUGGAAUAUUGAACUGUGAGUUAUUUGAACUGCUAAUCUAUUUCUGGAUGAAUGAGUUGUGAAAGGGUUCAGCAUCGUGGAUUUUUCCAAUGAUAUAACAGUUUAUCAGAAUUAGGCGACUGCUGCUGAAUCGAUAACAAGUUCGUUGUCCCUUGUUAAGUAAUACUGGUCCGGUCCCUUCUCCUUCUCCUUUCCAGUUCAAACACUGGAGUAGUCCGGUCCACAUAGUAAAUGGAAUGGCUAAGGAUCCGAUGAGUCCAGUUCCAGGUACUCAGUGUCGUGGCCACGAUGAUGGUGGCGACAAGUUCACCAGAUCACACAUAGCGCACAGCUACUCAUCAGGCAGCUUGGGGGAGCUCCAGUUCGGAAACACUAAUGCUGGCCCUGCCUGGACCCCUCUGAACAGAAGCCAAACGCGUCUCCAGAGUAGGAGAUCCCAAUCACGGGAGGAUCUCAUUUCUUCCAUGGCAGAGGGAAACGCGAUGAAGCCCUGAGACCAAGGAAAGUGAACAACCAACUGCAGGUCUCUUGAACGGAGUGGUUGCUGCUGCAUGGUGUUUGCCCACGGAAACGAGACGUGGAAAGACGAAGCGGAGGGAUGGAGUUUGGAGAUACAUAAAAGGUACAUAUGAAUGUUGUUAGGUGAUGCCAAUAACAUGAUGUUAGUCUCUAGCUAAGUUUAUAUAUUCAUUCAUUGAGGUCAUAGAUUUAUUUAUAGGGUUGGUCACCUCUAUUUGAACUAAGACAUUUAUUUUAGUAUUCUUUGAAAUCAUACAAAUAUAUAUAUACAAAUAUUUGAACU